AUGAGCAGCUACCAGCGACCUGCUGGCCGAGAGGACUUUUCAGUGGCCCUUGUUUGCGCCCUAUCACUUGAGUUCGAUGCUGUUUGUAUGGUAGUCGAUGAGUUCUGGGAUGAGGAUGGUGAUCAAUUCGGCAAGUCUGACGGGGAUCAUAACAUGCAAGGGAAAGGUGAACUCAGCAACCGCCGCCACAAGCCUUCGCGUAACUCAGGCCAUUCCCUCUUAGCGAGACAACAGGGGUCAAACUACGGCGGGACGAUAAAAACGCUUCAUCAAGUGAACCAGGGCAAUCGGAUGCGCGUUUCAACUACCCAGCCACCUCGAGCUUACGAGCAGGGAGGGUCUUCAUUUAUGUCGAAUGUUGUGUCUGGAGCUGGUGUGCAACAGGGGAACUUUAUGGAAUUCUACUGA